AGCAAAUGACGUGAGUGCGGGAGGGAGUGGAUCUUGUCAGCCAGUGGUGCGGAGUCACACAAUGAAACUUUACUACAAGAUCGCUGUAGUGGUCGGCUGUCUGGUGGGUGGCCGCCUACUGCUCUACCUGCUGCUGGGCUGGUCGGCUGCCCAGCCCCCGCCUCGGGGAGGCGACGGCCGAGCUUGGCGGGCCGUGCAGGGGUUUCAGGGGCGACUGGUUACUCGCCACCCAACUGCUUUCCGCUCGCCGUCUCGGCCGGUUUUGAACCGGCAGCCACGUCCCCUUCCAAAAAGGCGCAAAAAACUAGUCAGCGACAGGAAUCUUCAAGAACCAAUAUUUCGCCUCCAUAGGUGGAAAGGAGAAGAAUGGGUGCACUUAGCAGUGGUGGCCUGUGGGGAUCGGCUUGAAGAAACAAUGACAAUGCUGAAGUCGGCUAUACUAUUCAGUAUCUACAAGAUAAAAUUCCACAUCUUUGCUGAAGAUACACUCCACCCAGAAUUUGAAAGCAGUAUUAAAGCUUGGCCAUAUUUAUACAAAACACACCUUGAAUACAGCAUCUAUCCAAUCAACUUUUCGGUGGGAAAUCCCCAGGAAUGGAAAAAAUUAUUUAAGCCGUGUGCUGCGCAACGCCUUUUUCUUCCAAUGAUCCUGAAAGAUGUUGACUCUCUGCUGUACGUUGACACCGAUGUUCUCUUUCUGAGACCAGUCGAUGAUGUCUGGAAUUUCCUGAGAUUGUUCAAUUCCACACAACUUGCAGCCAUGGCCCCGGAGCAUGAAAUACCAAAGAUUGGAUGGUACAGUCGGUUUGCACGGCAUCCGUAUUAUGGAGCAGCUGGAGUCAAUUCAGGAGUCAUGCUGAUGAAUCUCACUCGAAUAAGAAGUCAGCUGUUUAAGAAUAGUAUGAUUCCUACUGGCCUAAGAUGGGAAGAAUUACUGUAUCCUUUAUACCAUAAAUACAAAAAUGAUAUCACAUGGGGAGACCAGGAUUUAUUAAAUAUAAUAUUUCAUUAUAACCCAGAAUAUCUAUACGUGUUCCCUUGUCAGUGGAAUUAUAGACCAGAUCAUUGUAUGUACGGGAGCAACUGUAGGGGAGCAGAAGACCAAGGGGUUUCCAUUCUCCAUGGAAACCGUGGAGUUUAUCAUAAUGAUAAACAGCCUGCCUUCAAAGUAAUGUAUGAGGCUAUACGCAAUUUUCCCUUUGAAGAUAAUUUAUUCCAGUCUCUGUAUUUCCCACUUCAGAACAGUUUCAUGAACACAGUACACACUUUAUGUGGCAGGCUUCCACAAGUAUUCCUGAAACAGUUUGAACAAGCAAUGAGAAAAGCAUAUGAGCUUCGUGUCAUUCAUAUAGGAUAACAGCCGAAGGCAGAAGAUAUUUUUAUGUAUAAAGAGAAAUAAAUUGCAGAUGCUGGAAAUCUGAAAUAAAAACAGAAAAUGCUGGAAGUACUUGGCGGGUCAGUCAGUAUCAGCGGAGAGGAAACAGAAUUAACAAUUCAGGCCUUUUACUACUCAUCAGUUCCAGAUUGUCUGCUCUGCUGUUAUUUGAUGAGCCAAUUCUCCAUAUAAUUCUUGAAUGUUCAACCUAGACUUUUCAAACAUGUUUCCCUUCAGUUAUCUAAUAUCUUGUACCUCAGAAGUCACCAUGUGUUUAGUCCAGUUUCAACUGAUUAAUCUUCAUUUUGUUUCAGAGCAACACAUAUCUCCAUUAGUCCAAUCCAGAUUGCUUUUCCUCUAAACACAAUGCAAAUGGUUAUGUUGUCCAAAUAAAUCAGAUUCCGGAGCGGUCUCCUUCUUAUUUCCUCAAAUAAAAACAUCCAGCAUGACCACAACAGGAAAGAACUCUCACCUGUCCCAGGUGUACAAUCACCUUCUGAUUGGAACUUUGUCCAGAACCAUACCUCACUUUCAUCAUACAUUUCAAACAUGUGCCCUUGAUGGCACGGACAUAUCUUGCCUGAACUACCAUUACUCUCAAGCAUUCAUAUAUUUGGUCUUUCGGUACAUGACCAUAGAGCUUAUCCAGUCGAUAACAAUGAAAACUUUCCUGUAUUUCUUGAAUCGUCUAUAAUAUUACAAAAAAUAUAUGCUUGGUACUUUCCCUGUCAUUAGUCCAUUCCGGCUUUCUUCAUUGACCAUCACUGCAACUAAUUCUCACAUUUUCAGUUUGAAUCCCUGAUAGUUGCCACAAACCUGAUUGCACCUUCCUGCUGGAUAUCAGCACCAACUCACUGACUCUUCAUUUAUCAAGCAUUUUUCUGUUAUAAAUAUUGUUUUAACUAGCUUUCAUUGUACGUUGAUUCCCUCUACUUUCAAGACUUCAUAAAUUUCAUCAUAGCCCGUUUUCUUGUUCUUCAUUUUGUUCGGUGUUCUUUCCACCUUGAUUUUACUUGAUAUUACUCACCAUCUAGGUUUUGUAUGGCACUAGCUUAUUCUGCUUUUUUUAUAUUAAGAAAAUGGACAAUUUUUGAGCCUACUGCUUUGGUGCCACCUACGUGAUUAGGUAAUAAUAGAAAAAAAAAUUGUAUACUUCCUCAAAGGUUUCUGCAAUAAAAGUGAAUUAUUCCCAGAGCAAUUGUAUUUGAAGUGUAAGCUAUUUUUUGUAAUGUGAAUCAUAAUCUACAAUAUUUAUGCAUUUGUUUUAAAUAAAAGGUAAUAUUUCAUUUA